CAACGUAAACAAGAGAAGAGAGAAAAACAUCAUCAAUGAAAUGAAGAAUUUCUUAGAAAUUGAUGCGGAAAAGCACAAAUUUGUGGGUUUUCUCACGAUAAAAGAAGAUUUCUUCAAAAUAAAUGUAACUCUGCCCGAAUAUCCCCUUGCAAAUGGCGCAAAGGUGGAAGUUUAUGAUCUCUGUGAGAAAAUCCCAGUGGAUUUGCCACCAGAAUGUGGAGAAACAGCUGAGGUAUGGAUGGGGCGCCUGGAAAUGUAUCUGGAGUUAAAUGAAUGCAAGGAAUCCAGUGAGAUUGAUGGAAUUCUCUCCAGUAUUGAGCGCUAUGAAGAGAUUCUCAGGCAAUUGGAUGUAUUGGAGAAUUCCGGGCAUACCGUUGAGGCUACGAAUGAUUUCUCCCGCAUAAAAGUGGGCCUAAUGUCGGGGAAUGAGCAGCACUUUGUGGAAUUCGGCAUUGUAGCUGGGGGUCAGGUGAAAGUUCUCACGCACAGUUUGCCCUCCCUUCCAGGGGAGAUGUUCUGGAAGAUUGGAAGCAUUGAGAGUCAUAUGAGUCGAUUUAGAAUCCUCCUUGGACAAAUUGGAGAAUUCUACACGAAUCUGCACACCAUUGAUGAGCUCUGCUUUGUUGUGGGACCCGGAAAAAUAACCACAAAAACCACGUAUAGAAUAAUUAAAUUCAAUGAGAAGAUUUUCCUCAAGAUAAAAUUGGAUCCACUCGUUCCAUCGCAAAUUAGUUUAGCAUUUAUUGGACCAAUUGCCAAAGUGGAGCCACUCAGGGGGAUCUACAAUGAAAAGAUAGCCGAUUGGGACAAUGAGAUGGAUGUCCAUAAGAAUCUCCUUCGGAUGUACGAUCUCAUUUACUUCCCAAUGCGUGGAGAUGAGGAGGAAACACCCUGUAGUAUUUGCUUUGAGUACGCCCAGGGGAAGACAAUCCCAAUUAUUAGCUGCGACAAUACCAAAUGCAAUGUCAUUUUUCACCUUCAGUGCCUUCGGGAGUACUUUGAUACCUUACGAGGGAGUAAAACUAUGUUCACCCUGGCCAUGGGACAGUGCCCAUUCUGUCGGCAGAAAUUAACGACAUUCCUGGAUUUUGUAGAUGAGGCAGAAUAAAAAGGCUUUAUUUGUAAUAAAAUUA